AUGGAGCAUGAAACUAUAACAAGAGCUAUAUUGAUUGGAACAAAUUUCUAUAUACGCGGCUCGGAAAGACAGGAUACGAGCUUUUCGGAUUUGAAAGGAUGUGUGGAGGAUGUCAAUCAGGUAGAAAAAUUACUACACGAACUUUUCGCCCCGGAUAAGUUGUCUGUCAUUCGAUUGACAGCUACCGCACCAGAAAAUGGCGAAAACGAGCCAAAGGAACCUCAAUCUGAUUGGCCCACCUACGAAAACAUCAUCAAAGCAUUCACAAAAGUCACAGAAGAGGCCAAGCCUAAUGAUAUUGUCUAUAUUCACUACUCUGGACAUGGUGCUCGGGUGAAGACAAUAUUUCCGGACCCAGAACACCGUGAGUUUGAUGAAGCUCUAGUACCUACGAACAUCAAUUCGGGCGGGAAGUAUCUUCGCGACAGAGAAAUAUCCUUGUUGAUUGAGAAGAUGGUUGAAAAAGAGUUAUUGGUGACCCUGAUAUUAGACUCCUGCCAUUCGGGGGGUGCAAACCGCAGCUCUGAGAAUAAAACUGCAAGGGGAGCCUCGUCCAGAGAUUUUAAUAUACUCGACCGUGACCGAUAUACUAUAUCACCAAAAACCGAGCUGGAUUCUAUCACAUGGGGAAAACGUUCAAAGGAUACGAAACGCGGGGUCAAAGUGGGAAACCACUGGUCACUCGAGCCUCGUGGAUACGCCUUUCUCGCUGCCUGUGGCGCAGACGAAUUUGCGAGCGAGGCUACGUUUAAUGGCAAGACACAAGGCUUGCUAACCUACAACUUCAUCAACACCAUUAGAGAAUACAAAUCAACAAAGCCUACAUAUUAUGAUCUGUACCAUCUUGUCAGUGCGAAGGUUAAAGAGCAUGAUAAGCAGCAGACGGUAGCAUUAGGUGGCGAAGCAGACCGUUUGUUCCUUUCUUCCAUUCGCAGGGAACUCUUUUAUACAGUCCGAGUAACAAAGGUUCAUACCGAACCGAACAAACAACCCAGUAUUGAACUCGACGCAGGUUCUGCCCAAGGAAUCUCCGAAGAAGACGAGAUUGACAUCUGGCCUUCAUCAUGCGAUGGCUUCAACUCUUCCGAAAGAGUAGCGCGAUUCAAAGUGGUCGACGUCGAAGAAUUCACAUUGAAGGCUGAUAUAGUCCAAUGGUACAAGGAUUGUCAACAUGAACAGCAACUGAAACCCGGCUUCUUAGGACGGCCACACCAUAUGCCACAAAAACCAGUCUACUUCUCUUCUUCUACAAAACUUGAUAUCAUGCAAACAGCCGAGAACCAAAUGGAUGGGCUAAGGGGCGUAUUCAAAAAACACAAAAUUCCGUUGUCAGAUACUCUAUCUAAAGCUUUCUUCGAGGUCCACACCCAAGACGGGAAUUAUGUGAUUUGCGGGGGCGGAAAUCAACGGCUUCUAAACGCAAUACCCCCGUUACCUACAAAUGUCGACGGUGCAGCGGAAAAGCUAGCGCGCAAUAUCUUGCACCUUACUAAAUACUACAACAUUCUUGAAUUGCAAAACGAUGAAUCAGCCAAUUCGAAUGAACAAGUCUCUACCACGCUGGAAAAACGAACACCAGCCUCCCCAACAUCUGUUCGUGUCUGCGAAGGGUCGCCGGCUGAUGACCUCCCUUCUGAAGAACCAUGGGAGGUUGAUACAGAUGGCGAAGUCCUCCUCCGCGUGGUGAACAAGUCAGGAGAGAAAAAAUAUAUUGCAGUAAUGGACCUCGACUCAGAUUGGUGUGUCGAACAAAUAUUUCCCAAAGGCCCCGGUGCCAUAGCGGAGCCAUUGGAGCCAAACCAGACUCUACUUCUCCCGUUGAAAUUAUCUGUACCUGAUGAUAUCCCCCCAGGGCACAUAAUUGAUACUAUAAAAGUUAUCACUACGUCCGAGCUUACAAACUUUCGAUGGUUGGAAAUCCCUAGCCUGCAAGAUGUCGAUAAAGGAUCUAGAUCCCAGAGAGCCCGUGCAGCUUCUCCAAAAAAUAAACUUGAAGAACUGCAGGAAAGGCUGAUGACACCAGCGCUACGCAAAGUCAAAUAUGUUCCCAUUAAUUUCAGUUGGGGGACAACGAAGCUAACUGUGUCUAAAAUGGUGGAAAAGGCGGCGGCAGUCUCACCACCAGGCAUAAAAGACGCCGAAGGCGAGCUGGAAUGA